UCAGCAUCCGAUGGCGCUAGUUACACCACCCCGUAAUUGUAAUUCGAAAUAUUUUUAUAGUACGGAGUUGUCUAAAGAAAGUUAGUGCAAAACAGGGGUAACAAAAUGAUAACAAGUGAUAAAAACGGUGAAAAUAAAACUGGCAGCAUUGAAAACUACAUAGACGAAGCCAAACCAAAAGAUGUUGAUUACGACAUGCUAUUAUCGGCCGCUGGAGAGUUCGGUCCAUACCAAUUGUUUCUGUUUUGUUCAACAUUUCCUUUUUAUGUCUUCGGUGUGUUUUCAUAUUUCUCACAACUUUUCAUGACAGAAGUUUCACCAAAUCACUGGUGCUGGAUACCCGAACUACAUAAUUUAACUGAAAUCGAACGAAGAACACUUGCAAUACCGUUGGAUCCCGAAGCGCGAUUUGGAUAUUCGCAAUGUAAAUCAUACAUUGCCAAUUGGAGUGAAAUAUUAGAGACAGGCCAAAUGCCUAAUGGAAGCUGGAAUAUACAGAACUGUCAGUAUGGGUGGGAAUUUAAUAGAUCUGAAAUACCAUAUCCCACUAUUUCCAGUGAAAUGGGAUGGGUGUGUGACAAAAAUAGCUAUCAAGCUACAGCCCAGUCUAUUUUCUUCGUUGGAUCUAUAGUAGGAGGAUUUGUUAUUGGAUGGGUUGCCGAUCGCUUUGGAAGAUUACCAGCUGCAACAUUAAGCAAUAUGAUUGGAUGUGUGGCGGGAAUCAUUAGUAUAUAUGCCCAAAAUCUUUUUCAGUUUUCUUUGUGUCGAUUUCUAAUGGGUAUAUCGUACGAUAAUUGUAUGAUGAUGGUAUAUCUUCUAGUUUUAGAAUAUGUUGCACCUAAGUAUCGCUCUAUUAUAACAAAUUUGCCUUUUGCAAUAUUUUACACGUUAGGUGCCACAGCAUUACCUUGGAUAGCACUUGCAUGUGGACACUGGAAAACAAUCAGUAUAGUUACAAGUAUUCCGAUGGCAUUGUCACUUCUAGCACCCUUUUUAAUGCCAGAAAGCCCUAGGUGGUUGAUUUCUAAAGGGCGCAUAACUGACGCUGUAGACAAAGUUCUUAAUAUAGCAAGGGUUAAUAAAAAAGAAAUACCAUCAAAUUUAAUAGAACAUUUUAAAAAAUCUAAUUUGGACCAAAAGAAAGAGAACAAUACAAGCAUUUUAAUUUUGCUUAAACGGCCUAAGUUGAGGAAAAUGUUUAUUUGUAUUUGUUUAGAGUUCAUGUGCUGUUUGGCUAUAUUUGACGCCUUAGUUCGAAGCAUUGGUGGUCUAGAAUUUAACUUCUUUUUAUCUUUUACAAUGGUAUCAUUUACGGAACUGCCUUCAUUAGUAAUAGUUUCUUUUGUUAUAGAUUUAACUGGUAGAAAGGGAAUGUCAAUUUUUGCAUUUUUAAUAUGUUUUAUAUUUUGCACAAUAACUGCUUUUAUCAGUAACGGUUUACCUUCUGUAAUAUGUGCAGUUAUAUCAAGGUUCGCCAUAAAUAUGUGUGUAAAUAUUGGCAUGCAAUGGGCUGCUGAAAUGCUACCCACACCUGUAAGAGGAUCCGGUACGUCAAUCGUCCAUAUAUUCAGUUAUAUUGGCACUAUUAUAUCACCUUAUAUUGUGUACUUGGAAAAUUACAUAACUUGGCUACCUCUAGUUGUUGUGGGAUGCAUAGCGAUAAUAGGAAUGCUGUUAGCUUUAUCACUACCAGAAACAGCUGGAAAAGACAUGCCUCAGACUUUUGAUGAAGCCGAAGACUUAGUUAGUUACCGAAAAAUAUUAGACAUACCAUUUCUAAGAAAAAAAGAAAUUUCCAACACUAAAAGUGCAAACAAUAUCUUUUAA